GGAAACCGUCCAGAUUUUCUUGUUUUCAAUUGAGUCGCGGGUAGCUUCCAAGUUGACGGGGGCGCCGGUAGAUGGCGCCAGCGGCGCGUUGAUCGCUGGCUGAGUCGGGCAAGAGAAGCAGUAGCGCGCGACCACGCGCGGCAGAGAGGUGGAAUUGGCUGCAGCUUCUUCCCGUAGCCGUUCAUAGCGUAGUGCCGUCUGGUGCCGGAAAUUCGAGGAGGAGGCGCGGACAUGUCCGACUAAAAACUCGAAGGAGACUCUCGGCGCUGGUUCGUCGAGUUCACGGGCGUCCGAAGCAUCCUAGAGGCCGGUUCUGAAGUCUCCCGGUCGAGAAUUAAUUCCUAGCCGUUCCUAACGAGCCUUUCCUGCGGCGCUUCGACAUGUCGGGGUCGACCUCGGUCAUUGGUCUGCUCGGCACGUUCCGCGAUGCCUCGGUCUCUCGCAAUCGACCCACAGGAUGUGUCCGCGCCGCCCUCGAGAUAUGCACCCGUCAAACCGAGCCGCUGUGAACUCCCAUGAGGUCUGUGCCGUGCAUCCUCCGCGUCCCUGUAUCCUUCAAAACAGCUUCUUUCCCGUGUCUUUCCUUUGGACGAAAAUCGUCGACAUCGCGUAACGAGUCCUUCCUCCGUCUUGAGCCGGCACUCCUCGAGCUCCUGGAAGACGAAUUAGUCGCCCUAACGCACAGUUUUCAAGACAGCGAGACAGCGAAUGCUCCUGGCGAAGACACCACAGCUGGCACCAGUCCAAGCUCUGACGACGAAGGAGCAGCUCCUGCGACGAGCAACACCUCGGGUUCUACCCCUGCGACUGUCUCCGGCGAGCAAGAAUCACAACAACAGCAGUACAAGGACUCUCAGGAACAUCAUCGGCAUCAACAACACUACCAGCACCAGCUGCGUACGUCGGGCAGUACCAGAGCCACUACGCCUCCUAUCGUCGAGGACGGUGGAGCCCCCUGUGAGAUGCGGAGGACACCACCGCAAAACAAAGUUGACAGAUCGGGAUCGGGCCAGUCCGGAAGCUCGCCGCGGGUGACCCUGCGGCUCAACCAGGUGCGGAGCGCGAGGGAUGAGAAGAAGGGCACCGGCAGCCGCCAGGUGAGCUCGCACACCCCGGGCCCCAUGGACGGGUCCUCGAAGACGUCGUCGGGCCCCGCGGCCCCUCCGGCCUCGGGCCCGGCCAGCUGCGGCGGCGCCUCCGCCGACGGCGGCGACGUCUACGAGUUCAAGAGCUCCAAGGAGGCGACCCCGGUGAGGGGGGCCAGCUCGUCGCCGGUCCCCGAAAAGGACCGCGAGGGGUCCAAGGCCCAGUCCGGAGGGGGCGGCCAGGGCGGGGGUGGAGGCGCCACAGGUGGAGGGACGGCCGCCACCCCCGCGGCCUCUUCGGACGCCGCGACGCCGUCUUCGGGGGCGGACGACGCCGCGGUCGCCGCCUCUCCCUCCUGCGGCAAGAGGGCCUUCGAGGGCGACCCCGUCGACGAGCAGGACGAGGAGAACCGGAGGAAGAAGAGGAAAGACUCGGAGGGCACCAAGGAGGGGCCCAAGGGCGCCGCCGGGAGGCAGACCACCGGCAGGAGCGGCGCGGGGGCCGGGGAAAAGUGCACGAAGUCCGGGAAGCAGGGUUCCGGCGCGGUUUCCGGGAAGAGCGGCCAGAGCCAGGGGAUCUCCAGCACGGACCGGAAGAGCCCCAGCUCUUCCGCAGCUUGUGGGAGCAGUCCGAAGCCCGUGAACCCUUCCGGCUCGACGAACUCGAAGACGGCGACCCCGGGACCUCCCGAAUCGGACGGCGAGGACGAUCGUUCGAAGAGCUCCUCGGAUUCGAGCUCGGCCCCGAAGGUGCCGCCCCUGAAGAUCGUCAUACCCCAGAGCACGGUGUCCGAGCAGGAGCAGGGCUGCAGGAACGGGAAGAGCACAUCGAAUCGGGGACAUCAGUUGCCCUACGUGGUGGCCAGCUCGAACAGCAACGAUUCCACGGACAAGGAUCAGUCGCAGACGGCUAGUGGCACGACCAGCCCCGUUGACGGUGCCACUACUUCAAAGGCAGAGGACAAGAAGGACUUCAGCGGGGCUCUGCCCGGAGAAGAAAGAUUCCUGCAUUACCAGAGGGUCCUCAGGAGUUCUCACAGGACCAGCAACGGUAGCAACGGAUCGUCCAAUCAGAAGGAGACAACCGGUGGAUCGGCGGGGAACGCGAGUUACUCGAACUCCUCACCGAUUCCAGCGACCUCCUCGACGGACCGGUCGAACAACUCGUCCCCUCAGCAGCAACGUCACCACUCGCCCACGCCCGAGACGACGACCACGGAGUCGAGCAAGGUCGCCACCUCGGAGUCGACCUCCGGCACCGCCAAGACGACCUCGGCUGCCGAGAAGUCGGAGAAGAACGCGGACUCGACCGGAAAGGGCCCGAAAGAUGGGACAUCGGAGGCCUCGGAGAGCACGACUUCGACGACCUCGGCUACCUCUGGAGGGCCGCCUGCCCCUACACCCGCGGUCGAGCUGCAUCCUAGGAAGAGAAAAAUGAAGCCGAACAAGGAGGCCCAGCAGGCGGCCACGGCGAACGUCGAGGCCAACGAGAACAGCAGUACCGGUCCCGAGGUGCAUCCGCAUGAUCAGCCCAUCACUAACUGCUAUCAACUGUUCCUGAAUAUCAGGAAGCAGAUCGAGAGAAGGAGGAAGGGUCUCUUCCCGGUCCAGCCGAAGCCUCCUCAGGGUUUCAAGGACUACCUGAUGAACCGAUGCACCUACGUUCUGGCUAGCAACGCGAAAAAAGAACCCAACGUGAGUCCACCCGCGGGCCUUCCGAACCCCAUGAAGGACCUCUACGUGGAGCAGGAGAAGGAGAGGUACCGCCUAAGGAUGCAGCACGUCGUCGAGAAGGAGAAGCUCGUCCUGUCGGUCGAGCAGGAGAUCCUGCGGGUCCAUGGCAGGGCUGCCAGGGCCCUGGCCAAUCAAUCCUUGCCCUUCUCCGUCUGUACCAUCCUGAAGGACGAGGAGGUCUACAACGUGAUCACCCCGGAACAGGAGGAAAAGGACCGCAACGCCAGAAGCAGGUACAACGGCCGGCUCUUCCUGAGCUGGCUGCAGGACGUCGAUGACAAGUGGGAGAAGAUCAAGGAGGCCAUGCUGCUAAGGCACCAUAAUGAGGCUGAGUCUUUGCACGCGGUCCAGCGGAUGGACUGGGAGUGGAAGCUGAAGGAGGUCGGCCUCUGCGAGUUCAAGUCCAGGCCGCAGAUAGACGUUCUUCAUGUACCUAUGGUGCACGUCUCGGAUGACUUCGACCUCUUGCCGGCUUAGUGAACCGAGCGUUCGUCGGUUUGCACGCCAGGUUGAACGCGAAUACGAAGCGAGGUUCUAGGGGAUCAUGCCCAUGAAGGCGAACCAUGGAAUGGCGGUCUCGUGGGGCCGGGUCUUUCGGCGCGAGAACCGUCGUCGUGGAAUUAAGACUCAAUUUACCCCGAUCACUUGGUACGCGUAUUCAAGGCAUUGAUUUAUUAAUCUGUCGGCAUAAACGACCGGGUAUCGCUUUGGUGCGAUACGUUUUAAAUAUGUGUAUCGUACCGUCUUGGAAUACCGGUAUUUACAACCGUGUUACAGGAUGCAUGGAAGUCCUGCUCUACAUGGCGCAAAGGUCAUAGGAUAGAGAGGAUACUGCGUAAUAAAGAGCUCGUUGAUAUCA